UUCCUCCCUUCCUUCAGGCCGAGGGCAGAGACGUUCUCCGCCCCUUCUCCUCCUCUUUGGAGCAUCCAGCCAGGAGGCGGGAGUGACCCACAGCAGCUGACCCAGCGCAGGCACUGCCUCUCUCACAGCCCUCAGGACACACCAUGGGCCCAGAGGCGGGUUUUGUGCAUAGCAGCGAAGACGCAGGCGGCGGCCCCGGCGACUCUCAACUGUCUCCCGGACCACCGUGACCACCGCCCAACACGCCCGAGAAGCCAUCGUCGCCACCACCUGGAGCAUAUAGGGGCCACAAAGCUAUCUUUACGAUCGACUUAAGCUACGUCAACAACCAUGGCGGAGGAGGGGCGGCAGGCUGAGCCGGUGUGGGCAAGAUGGGGUGUGCGCGUCACGCCCAGGGCCCCCCUCCGAGAAGGAAGGCCCCCGCUCGCCCCUCAAAAUGGCGGCGGCAGUGGCGCGCCUGCGUACGGAACACCGUCACGCCAGGGCCGGCGGGAAGUGAGGUUCUCAGAGGAGCCGCCACAAGUGUACGGCGACUUCGAGCCCCGGGUGACCAAAGAAAGGUCCCCGGGAGGAAAACGAACCUCGCUAGAAGUGUUCCGGCCCGAUUCUGCGAAAGAGGAAGUGAGAGAAAGCGCCUACUACCUUCGGUCUAGGCAGCGGAGACAGCCGGGACCCCAGGAAGCCGAGGAGAUGCAGACUCGAAGGGCUACCCGACAACAGCAGUACUCACAGCAGCCUCGGCUACAAACGUCUCCGGUUACGACCAGGAGAGGGUUGCGGGACUCUCCUUCCUCUGAAGAGGAUGAACCAUCUUCCCAAACUGUUUUAAGCCAAACAGUCUCAAAGAAAACUGUCAGGAGAACACAAGUGGCUCCAGUGGUGAGAGAUGAUCUUGUAAUCAGCCUAUGUAGACCCCCUCUGAGAAGCCCAGGAUCUGAUUCGGCAUACAAAACAAAUGGAAAUACUGAAAUGAGUGAAUUAGAAGCCACCAGUGUCCAACAGAAGGUCAAUUGCUCUGAAGGAGGAGAAACUGAAGAAGAUGAUCAAGACAGCUCUGACAGUGAUGUCACUACUGUUAAGGUCAGAUCCAGGGAUUCCGAUGAGUCUGGAGAUCAAACUACUCGAUCAUCUGGUCAAUAUCGAGAAUCAUUUUGGCAGUCAUCACAAAGUCAAGACUUCAUAGCUCAUAAUAAGCAACCUUCAGUGCUGACCUCAGGACAUCAAAAACCCUCUCAAGUAUGGGCCAAACAAACUGCAAGAAUAAGGGGUAGGAUGCAAACACCUUCACCAGGCAAGAGUUCAAUAUAUGGCAGUUUUUCAGAUGAUGACAGCAUUCAGAAAUCAGAGCUUGGAAACCAAUCUCCAUCAACCCACAGCCAACAAUUGACUACACAACCCAAAAAUGUAUCUUUUGUCAAGAUCAAGUGGUGGUGGCCACUUUUCCUAAUAGCUCCUCUUGCCUUUGGGAGUUUUUGGUUCUUUUGUACUCCUGAAGUAGAAACCACUGCUGCUGUUCAAGAGUUCCAGAACCAGAUGAAACAACUUAGGAAUAAGUACCAGGGCCAAGAUGAGAAGCUAUGGAAAAGGAGCCUAACGUUCCUGGAAAAACAUCUUAAUAGCUCCCACCCUCGGCCUCAGCCUGCUAUCUUGCUCCUCACUGCUGCCCGAGAUGCUGAAGAGGCACUUAAAUGUCUGAGUGAACAAAUUGCUGAUGCCUAUUCUUCCUUCCGUAGUGUUCGUGCCAUCCGGAUUGAUGGGGCAAGCAAAGCUGCUCAGGACAGUGAUACUGUCAAACUCGAGGUAGAUCAGGAACUGAGCAAUGGAUUCAAAAAUGGCCAGAAUGCAGCCGUGGUACACCGCUUUGAGUCCCUGCCUGCAGGCUCUACUCUGAUCUUCUAUAAAUAUUGUGACCAUGAAAACGCAGCCUUCAAAGAUGUAGCGUUAGUACUGACUGUCUUAUUGGAGGAGGAGACACUUGGGACCAGUCUAGGCCUAAAGGAAAUUGAAGAAAAAGUGAGAGAUUUCCUUAAAGUCAAGUUCACCAGCUCUAACACACCCAACUCCUACAAUCUUAUGGACCCAGACAAAUUGAAUGGGCUCUGGAGCCGUAUUUCUCACUUAGUCCUACCUGUGCAACCUGAAAAUGCCCUGAGAAGGGGUAUCUGCUUAUAAGGUGUGAGAAAAGAGAAAAUCAUGUCUCAAGUUGAAGAAUUUUUCAGACUUCCUAACCAGAGACAGGAUUCAGAGCUCUUUUUGAAAGAACUGGUUUCUUUUUAAAGGAAGUUAAGUUCUUUAUGUAAACGUGGAACAUCUAGGUCAUUUAUUCAACCUAAUUAUCUAUUAUAUGAGAGAAUCAUUUCUGUUUCCAUUCAGAGUUGUGUUAAGGGUAUCUUAAGGAUAUAAAUUAUAUGCGGUUCCAUAGAGAAUCUAUUUUGAUCCUGGGCUGAAUUAUUAUUGCUAUGUUGUAACCAGUGAGAGGGAUUCAGCUUCUUUCUUGUGAAUUUUCCCGAUUUUUUAAUUUGGAUUUUUCACAAAGUUUGUUGAGUUAUUAGUAAGAUAGAUUCCCUAGAUGUAACUGCGUAUUUUCCCAUUAUGUUCCCUUUUACACCAUUUAGUUGUGAGUUCCUUAGUCAGCUUCUGUUUAUAGGAACAAAAGUAAUGAAAGGUCAUCUGGUUGUGUGUUUGGAUGUUUUUCUUUUGUUUUUGGAGAAUGGAGAGAAGGAGGCAAGGGAAAAGAGAGAAAUUGUGUAAUAGGGAAGGUAAGGGGAGGAAAAAAGUCUUUAAGAUGAAAUGUUACAAUAAGGCACUGAGAUAUGUUAGUCAAACAUGGGUAUUUGGGAUAUGUUUUUUACAUUUCUUUUUUUUUUUUUCUUGAAGAAAUUCUUGGUCCUCCUAAGGAUUUUUAAAGCAUGUGUAUGACAAGGUUUAAUAUAUUUGUUUACUUGACUCUUAAGGGUAGGUAAAUUCAGAGUUUAUUUUGGGCAUACCCAGAAGCUUCUGUUUUAAAUUAAGAAACAUAGUUUCAGGAAUUGGUAAACCAUUGUUUAACCAGCUAUCCUGGGCUUUUGAAGAAACAUUUAAUUUUCUGCACAUCCACUUGUUGCAGCCUUUAGAACACACCAUAUAAAAAUGUACUAUGCAUGUGAUAAAUUUUACUGAGUGCCUCAAACCACGACAGUGAACUUUAUCACAUAUGAAGAAUGUUAAAUGUAUUUCUGUACUACCAUAGUAUUUUAGCUGUAACUUGGUAUCUGUAACUGAGCUUGCUCAUCUGUCAACUGCUUUGGUUUUCUUAGAAUCUUAUGAUUCUAGAUCAACUUUUUUUUUUCUAUAAACCUUUAAGUGAAAAUAUGAAAAUAUUGUUUUUAGAAUCAGUCACUGGCUUCAUCAUUUACCCUUUGAGGGUCCCACAACUGAUAAUAGAGAGGGGUAUGAUUCUUUCCACUAGGACUCAUAAAUUUAUACCCCUUAUUGUAAUUUGUUCCUGACUCUGAAAAGUCAGAUCAUCUGAUUUAUAGAGGAUUAUAAAACAGCAGUUUUUAAAAGGUUUCUUUUAUAUAUACAUGUUAUAUGGAGAAACAAAUAUUUUUAUUAAAUAUUUCACUGACUGAAGUAAUUUAAAAGUAAUAUGUUACUUAUAUCUUUCAGGAAAAAUAAUUGUAGCAGCUGAUCUGUAAAUGACUUUAAAAACUAUUUUAGUAGUCUAAAUAAAUUUACUUACUUGGUUUGUACUCUGUGUUAUAAACCUAAUGAUUUAUAAACCUUUUUUUAAAAUUAAUCCAAGUGUUUUCUUUACACUUGAACAAUUAUAGUGACUUUGACUAUGAGAAACAAGGCCAAAGAAUUAGAGCCAUUCACAAGUACAUUGGUUAGAAAUGGAGCAGCCAUGAUUUUGUUUUAUCCAAAGAUUUUGAAUUAUUAAAAUGUAGUUAAUUUAGCUAUUGCUCAUGUGGCAAAAGAAUCUCCACACAGAUUUUGCUAAACUUUUCUUUAUCACUUCCCUAAAGAGCCUUUUUAGAUAUUUUUUUCUAGACAUCCCCUCCCCAUGAAAUUUUAAUACUACACAUACAAUAUGUUUAUGAACUGCAUAUAUUUUUGUGUUUCAUACAAAAUACGUUUUUUGCCCCCAACAAACCAAUUUUCACUUCUACUGGGAAUGCAUGCUCAAGGGAAUCUGUAUUUUGAUUUACUUAUUUAGAGACAGGGUCUCACUCUGUCACCCAAGCUAGAGUGCAGUAGUAGCACAAUCAGCUCACUGUAGUCUCAAAGACCUGGGCUCCAGUGAUCCCCCUACCUCAGAUUCCCAAGUAGCAGGGAGGAGAGGUGUUUUAUUAACACAAAACCCAGCAGUAUGAGAAUGACUUAGAGGCUGGAAAAAUUCGUCAUGAGCAUCACAAGACAACCAAUAAUGCCCCUGACGAAGGGAAACCUCUAUAAACGGCUAGCCGAAGCCAGCUGUGUUCAAAGCUGAGUAAUGUCCACACCCAAACCAGUUGGAGGAGGGAAUAGUCAUUCCAGAGGGCUCAAAUGACUAGUGAAUCUGCCAGAUAAAGGGAGAGAGCACAGCCUUGCCUAAGCAUUUUGAAGUGCUACAGUGAUGCACACUGUGGCUACGUGCCUCCUUGUAUGGUCUCGUUUAUCCCAUAUUACUCAUUACAGCAUUAGCACGCUUCCCUUACUACAUGCCCCUUGAGAAGCAUACAUGUUGUCAGUGUAUGCACAAUGGUAAUCACAAAGAGUGUUCAAAUAUUUGUUGAAUAAGAAGAGCAAGCCCUACCUAAUUAGGUAGGUUGCAUUUUGCUCAGUGUUUUAUUUGCUUUUUUUUUCUGUUAUGCCUGAGCCAUUUCUAAAAGCUUUAUAUAACUAUUUCACCUGGAUUCAGCAGUGCUAUGAAUAAAGAAAAAAGAGGACCAAUCUAAGUGCCAGAAACUGGCACUUCUCUGGUAGAGACAGUGAUCAUUAGUGAGAGGUCCCCAAGGGGAAAGUGAAUAUCAAGGGAAAAGAUGGCGAAAGCUUGAGAUCUUUUCAGUGAUAUUUGGCAUUUGCAUUUUCUUAAAACAGCUAGCAAGUUUCCUUACCUCUUUUUAUAUUGCCUAAGAAGGUAUUAUAAUCCAGAUAAGAGAUGGCUAUGAGUGUGGAGAGAAGAUGGAUAAGAAAAAUAUCUGAGAAGUGUAAGUGACAAGAUUUGUUGACUUUAUAAGUUGACAUUUUGCAGUUUGAAGUAGAGAUAGUCACAUGUAUUUAGUCAGGAAUCGAUUAAAUAAAUACCAUGUCCAACCAAGAAAUGAGAAAAGGAGGGCUGAGGUGUGGAUGAGAAGAAUUUACAUCUCAGACUCCCAAGACAAGAGAGUAUGGGAACUGUGAAGACUGGUUUUGGAUGGAGGCAUCAGCAGCCAUUCUCUCUGCUUCUACCCAUUAGUAACUUCCCGUCUGUGACUUCAGUGCCAAGAAGGUGAAUUUGGUGGCUCAAUCCAGUGUUUGGAGGAUCCCUAAGGAUAUAUGAUUAGACAUAGUUGUCUAGUUUACCCCGUAAGAGGGACCAUGGGGUAGGGAUGGGAUAGGGUAGUUUCCUGAGAUCCGGCCAGGGACUGGGCAGAUAUGGUUCAGGAAUGACUAAAUACUUCUUCAAAUAUAUAAAGACCUUUCUAUAUAUAACGCGAUGUUAUAUGAUUAAUUCAUUUUGGCUUUUUGAAAAAGACAUUAAAAGUAAUGGAAACAUUUUUCAUCUCAAA